GGCGUAUCGUAUCACGACAUGAGGGCAAGACGCAUGGCGACCGGGAGGGGCGAUGGCGCGACUGGAUCCUGGGCCCUCAAUGGCGCCAAGAAGAGGCGGCGAAGCUGUUGGCCCCAAGAAUCUGGCGCGGCAUGAGCUCCGGCUGGUUUGUAUAAGUUGGCGCCGUCGCCCGCCCCGACGAGCCAGAUCGCCGCCCUCUCCCCUCUCUCUUCAUCCGCUCCCCAGAGGCACACCUUUGUCCACUUUACUGUCGACAAAGCACGCACCCGCGUGUCCAACUGCCCACCAUGAAGACGGCCUCCCUCCUCUCCGCCGGGCUCUGCGCCCUCGGCGUCCUGGCCAACGAGCCCCUGACGCUGGACAAGGUCGAGGCGGACAUCAAGACCAGCGAGCUCCGCAAUAACCUGUGGCACUUCAACAAGAUCGCGCGUGAGAACGGCGGCAACCGCGCCUUUGGCCUGCCCGGCUACGAGAAGUCGUCCGACUACGUGCUCGAGCGCGCCCAAGGCCGGUUCCACAAGCAGAUGGACACGUACAAGCAGUACUUCAACCACACCUUUGAGCAGACCAAGGAGAUCAAGCUCACGGGCCCGGACGGUGAGGCCGCCUAUGUCAUCACGCUGCUCUACAACCACCCCACGCCCGCCGGCGGCAUCACGGCCCAGCUCAUCGACACGCCCGUCAACGACGCCACGGGCUCGGGCUGCCUGGCCUCGGACUGGCAGGGUAUCGACGCCACGGGCAAGAUCGCCCUCGUUAAGCGCGGCACGUGUGCCAUCUCGGACAAGCUUAAGCUAGCCAAGGCCCACGGCGCCCUCGCCGUGGUGCUGUACAACCAGAACCCCGGCACGCCCGUCAGCUCGGCCACGCUGGGCGCUGAGAACAUCGGCCUGCUGGUGCCGGUGGCGACCACCUCGCUCGAGAACGGCGUGGCCUGGAAGGCGCGCCUGGCUGCGGGCGAGGCGCUGACGGUGACUGUCCUGGUCGACUCGGUCUUUGAGACGCGCGAGUCGUGGAACAUUGUGGCCGAGACCAAGGAAGGCGACCCCAACAACGUGGUGGUCCUGGGCGCCCACCUCGAUGGCGUCCAGGCCGGCCCGGGCAUCAACGACGACGGCAGCGGCUCGACGGCGCUACUCGAAAUCAUGGGCUCGUUUAAGAAGUACAGCGGUUUCAAGAACAAGGUGCGCUUCAUCUGGUGGGGCGCCGAAGAGGCCGGACUGAUCGGGUCGCUGCACUACACCAGCCCGUCGCAGCUGUCCGAGGAGGAGGCGGACAAGAUCCGCUUCUACUUCAACUACGACAUGAUCGGCUCGCCCUUCCCCGAGUUCGUCGUGUACGAGGACGCGAACCCGGGCGGCCGGGUGGGCGGCCAGAUGCUGGUCGACUACAUCUCGUCCAAGGGCAAGCCGGCCGAGUGGGGCGCCUUUGGUACCAGCUCCGACUACGUCGGGUUCCUGAACCGCGGCAUCCCCAGCUCGGGCAUCUUCACGGGCGCCGGCGCGCCCACGGACCCGUGCUACCACCUGGCCUGCGACGACCUCAACAACAUCGACUGGGACGCCCUGACCAUCAACGCCAAGGCGGCCGCCCGCGCCGCCGCCGCGCUGGCCCUGGACCUGAGCGCCGUGCCGCCGCGGUCCAAGACGACGCCUGCCAAGCGCUCCGACGCGGCCUCGGUCCGCCGCGAGUUCCAGCGCUGGGCCAACAUCCAGGCCCACGCCGAGCACCAGCACACGUGCGCCCACAGCGCCAACAGCCGCAUUUAGGAGGCUGUCGAGUGUUGCGUAAUAUAAUGUGUACCCAAGAGAAAAAGCAAUAAAUGAUGAUGCUUGAUGAGCCUUUUUUUCUUUCUUCCGGUGCAAAUCACCUGUCCACGUCAUGUCUCCGUUGCCAGGU